UCCUCCGGAAGGCACGCCCGCCCGCCUGCCCCGCGCCGGCCCUCAUCCCCGGCAGCUGCACCUCCCUCCCGCCGAUCAAUAAGCCUUUCACUUUUUGCCUCUUGUUUGUUCCGUGGGGAGCGGGAUCGAUCGGGGGGAGGGGGCGGCGGCUCCUCCUCGUUUCCGCUCCCCUUCGUUGGCCGCUCCUUCUCCAAUUAGUCAGUCCUGGAGCCGCCUGCGGGCGGGGGUGGAGAAGAGGAGGAGGAGGAGGAGGAGGAAGAGGAGGGUGGCGGUGGUGGUGCCGCCGCCGGUGGUGCCAUCCGUGUCCACCGGGCCUCGGCACCAGCCGGCGACGCGGGAGGAUCGGCCGAACUGCUUGUCCGCCUCCCCCCCCCUCCCGCUCCCCCUCAACUUUUUCCUCUUCUUGGGCUUCUUCUUUCCCUCUCCGGUGAGGAAACGUGUGAAGGGCCGCCGAGAUGGAAGAGGAGGAUGAGAAGCAGGCGGCGAAAGAGGAAGGGGACCAGGAGAGCUUGCUAGAGGAGCCCAGUCGGCCGCACCACCGAGACCUGGCCGCCUUCGCUGGAUCCAGCACCUUGCACGGCCUCGGCCAUAUUUGCCGCUCGGGGCAGCUGGGGGUCCGGCAGGCCCUCUGGGCCCUUGCGUUUGUGGCCUCCCUGGCCUUCUUUCUGUACCAGGCCGCCCGGUCAGCCCUCUUCUAUCUGGAGCAUCCACACAUCACCACCCUGGAUGAGGAAGCCACCCAAAAGAUGAUCUUUCCCGCUGUCACCCUCUGCAACAUCAACCGCUUCCGCCACUCAGCCCUGACGGAUGCUGACAUCUUCCACCUGGCCAACAUGACUGGAUUGCCACCCAAGGACCGUGACGGGCAUAAGGCCUCCGACCUCCUCUACCCUGACCCAGACAUGGCCGACAUUGUCAACCGCACUGGGCACCAACUGGACGACAUGCUCAAGAAUUGCAGCUUCAGCGGGGAGAACUGUUCGGCAGAGAACUUCACCGUGGUCUACACACGCUAUGGGAAGUGCUACACAUUCAACGGUGACCGAAACAAACCACGAGUGACUCGCCAAAGUGGGAUGGGCAAUGGGCUGGAGCUCAUGUUGGACAUCCAACAGGAGGAGUACCUUCCCAUCUGGAGAGAGACCAAUGAGACAUCAUUUGAAGCAGGGAUUCGAGUACAGAUCCACAGCCAGGAUGAGCCACCCUACAUCCACCAGCUGGGUUUUGGAGUCUCUCCUGGCUUCCAGACCUUUGUAUCAUGCCAGGAACAGCGGCUGACAUAUCUGCCCCAGCCCUGGGGGAGCUGCCGGGCCAGUGUGAAGGGGGAGCAGGUCCUGCCGGGCUAUGACAGCUAUAGCAUUGCUGCGUGCAGGUUGCAGUGUGAGAAAGAGGCCGUGGUGCGGAACUGCCAGUGCCGCAUGGUGCACAUGCCAGGUAAUGAAACCAUCUGCUCACCCAAUGUCUACAUUGAAUGUGCUGAUCACACACUAGAUGCAGCUGUGGAAGAUUCCCAGGAGCGCUGUGUAUGUCCCACACCCUGCAAUAUGACACGCUACGGCAAGGAGAUCUCGAUGGUGCGCAUUCCCAACAAAGGCUCGGCCCGGUACCUCGCGCGCAAGUACAACCGCAAUGAAACCUACAUCCGGGAGAACUUCUUGGUGCUGGACAUCUUCUUUGAGGCAUUGAACUACGAGUCGAUUGAACAGAAGAAAGCAUACAACCUGGCGGGGCUUCUGGGGGACAUUGGAGGCCAAAUGGGCCUGUUCAUUGGAGCCAGUGUCCUCACAGUCUUGGAAAUCCUUGACUACAUCUACGAGGUGAUCCGUGACAAAGUGGCCCAUGGCCUACGGCGCACCAAGCCUCCACUGAAGAAGCCUUCAGGCAGCAUUGCCACCUUGGGACUGGAGGAGAUCAAAGAACAGAGCUCCUGUGAGACCCUGGGCCGUCACUCCGAGGGCACGUACCCCACGGGCCUCCUGCCAAACCACCACCAUCGCCACCACUACUCGGCCCAAGGGGUCUUUGAAGAUUUUGCUUGCUAGUCCGCCUCGUAUGCCACUCCCCUUCCAAAGGACGGCAGCAGUUCUGGAGCAGCCUUGGGCCCACCACGUUCCAUCCUGCUGCUAAGAGCUCUUUUCUUCCAAGUCCCAAGGCCAGAUCAAGCUACCUUCUCCCAUCUUCUAAAGCUCUCCUUUAAAAAAAAUAGCAAGCAAAGAAAAAAGAAAGAAAGAAAAGGAUUUGAGGCUUUUGGCCUCCUCCUUCCUACAACCCCUUGCCCUAUCCGUCUGCCUUCCCCUCCCCCAGUAAGGCUCAGUACCCCACCCCCAUAUUAAAGCACAGAGAGAGAGAGAAAGAGAGAGAGAGAGAAAGAGCAUCAGCUGCCAAGACCGGGGAGGCAGACGAGCCUCUCAGCUGCUCCCACUGUUAGCAAAACAAGCUUCCACGGGGCAUCCUGUCCUGAUUGUCAAAGUAGGAGGGCAGGCAAUGAGGAACAUGGAACAUGCUAGGGGGCAAGGAUACCGUCUCAGAAGGGAGAGAGACAGUCAUCUGUAGCACUAGCUGUUGACCCAGCGUGGCUGUGCCUGCCUCUGCCAUAAACUCCAUAGUGGGUGGUGGCCAUGUUCCUUGGAAUACCACUCCCUCUGUACAGUCCUCUCCUACAUUGCUCUUCCUACUUAGACCUGCCCAUUCCAGCCCUCACAAACAGGCAUCACACUCCUCACAUUGCAUCCACAUGGAGGCGGCAGGUAGCUCAUGUGCCCCACUCACUGGUGUCAGGAGGUGCCCGUUAUCCUGUUCUUGCCAGCUUAUAGCUGCCCAUGUAGAAACUGUGCCCAUAGAAAGGGACAAGUUCUUAAAUCCUGGCCGUAUAAGAGAGAUUCAGGAUGUGCCCCCUUUAUUGUAUGGGCCCUGGUCCCUUCUCUCAAACCAUGGCUUGCCAUUUUCCACCUGUCCUUCCCCACUGUAUAUUUGCAGAUAAAUGUUUGGAGCCUGUGGUUUUUAGCCAGAAAUUCCGACUCUUAUCGCUGCAGCCGCCCCUUGCUGGCUUCAUUGAGAACUGCUGGUAAGGCUGGACACUGACAAGACAGAUUGACAUCAAAUCUCAGGUUUUGUUCUGGCCCAGGCAUAGAAACAGAGCUAGCAGGAGGUUGCUGCCCACAACAGAGCCCACAUUCUUCCCAGAUGUACAGCCCCUGUCCUCUGUUCCCCCAUCUUCCAUUCAUCCCCCUCCUCCCGCGUCAUUCAGGGUCCGAGCCAAAAGUAUCACCGUCCCAUGAAAAGAGGUGGAGGUCCCUAAGGGCCCCACACAAUCUCAAGGGGAAGACAGGAACUCCCACACUUCCUCAGGAUACAGGGCUGUCGAUGGAAGCACUUGUAGCAGAAUUAUCCAGUGCAUCCAUGUGUGUGUUUGAGGGGGUGGCCAUGAAUCCUCAAGUGCAGGGCACUGCUUCUCUUAACAUGCAAGUGGGGAGAUGCCACUCACAUUUUGUGGUAAGACCCUGAGUAAAGGUGCAACAGGAAAAAGCCAAUCAAACCACCAUGUGCUAGCCUUAUUGGACAAAACAGCACCCCAGAAUGCCAGCUGUAACCCUCAACCCUUUCCUGUAGCAAACCAGGAAAGUCUCAGCGUGCAUCGUUAGGACACAACGAACCCACAGGGUAUUGUCCCCACACAUAAGGAAAUGUGCCAGCAAGCACAUUUUGGGGAAGAAAGAUAGCACUAAUUGGAACAUGUUGCUGCAAAUGCUCCCCAUCCCCCACCCCCAUGACAACGGUAAACUCUGGUGAAGAUCAGUCUAAGCAAUCAAGAGCAUCUGUUCUGGAAGGAGGAAGAGGUAAAAGACAACAUCCACCUGUCUGCUGGAAUUGUGUGUGUGCGUCCAGGGGGUGCAGCCCUACAGAUGCUGACUUGGACCCAGCCAGGGCUCUUCCAGGGAGGGGCCCAUCAUCCCAUAACUUUACUAAGCGCGAGUCGCUGUUUUACAGAUGUACAAGUUUCUCCCAAUAAAGAGGCACAAGUAGAACUCCA